ACAACAGCAGCAGCAGUCUUUUGGUGAAGACGACUUGUUUUCAAACUUGUUGGAUCCAUCGUUGUUUGUGAAUGCGGCUGCACCACAAACAGGGCUGAAUUUCUAUUCCCAUACUGGUUUUACACAAUCUCAUUUCAUGACCCAGUCCUCUUCUACUCAGUCACAGUUUAUGAAUUUGAUUCAAUUCAAUGAACCAUUAAAUAAUCAUGCUUAUCCAGUUCAGGGCAAUUACGACGGGGUCCAAAUGUCUGGACCCAAUCAACAGUCUCGAAUGUACAACAUGACCCAAUUACAAUCCUUUUCUUCUUAUCCAUCGUUUGAACAACAGGGACGUUAUGAACAAGUCUAUUCACCUGUACAACAGAACCAAAUCAUGUUUCAGCAAGCACCUGUGCAGACGCACACUAAAAAAGCCAUAAAGAAAAGGUCUAAACGAAAAGUCAAAAAAUAUCAAGAAGAGUUCUCAGAGGAUGAUGAUGACAUGAGUCCAGCAGAACAAGUUGAAUCAGAUCAAGAAAGUGACCAAGAACCUCAACAGACAAUGCAUUCAGAUGUACCUGUAGUGAUGAUUCCCAUGGCCACCAAAACAUUUGAGAAAAUGCUGGAUUAUCGAUUAAACCCAACUACUUUACAGCCUGAACUUUUAGUGAAAUACAAGUAUGCCAGUUAUCAUCAUGUUGAAUGGGUGCCUAAAGAAAAGAUUGAAGCAGAACAUCUUGGAAAACACCGGGUUAAGAAAUUCCUGACAAAAUGGCAUCAAGAUGGUCAACGAGGCGAGGAUUUCUCAGAGUAUCUCAAGAUAGAUCGUGUGAUUGAUGAAGGUGAAUUAGUAGAUCCUCAUACAGGGGAACCUAGUCUUUAUUAUCUUGUCAAGUGGAAUGGCUUAUUUUAUGAUGCCAGUACUUGGGAAAGUGAACAAGAUGUUCAAAAGAUGGACAUGUCUAAAAUACUUGAAUAUCAACGCCACCGUAUUAUUUCUCAAGAGAAACUGCCUGAUCCACCUACGCGCUAUGAACUAGGCCCCUUUGUGCCUUAUGAAAAGAGCAUGAAAUACAAGUUUGGAAAUCAACUCAGACCUUAUCAACUGGAAGGAUUGAAUUGGAUUCGGUUCUGUUAUUAUAACCAUCGUUCUUGUAUUUUAGCUGAUGAAAUGGGUCUUGGUAAAACUGUUCAAUCGGUUGCUUUUCUGAAUGACAUUUACUAUCAACUCAAUAUUCGUGGUCCAUUUCUGAUUAUUGCACCUUUAUCAACUAUUCCCCACUGGGAAAGAGCCUUUCGUGCCUGGACAGAUUUGAAUGUGAUUGAUUAUCGUGGUACUGUCUUAUCCCGCGACUUAUUGGUCGAGACAGAAUUUUAUUUCAAAGAUGUUCAGAACAAACCCAUUCCAAACAGAUACAAGUUUGAUGUACUCAUCACAACUUAUGAAAUGGCUUCAGUAGGUUCUUCUCAUAUUAGAGAUAUUCCAUGGAAAUGCGCUGUGUUUGAUGAAGCACAUCGAUUAAAAAACAAGCAAUCCAAAGUGGGUGAAGUACUCAAGAGUUUCUCAAUUGACCAUAAACUGUUAUUGACGGGUACACCAUUACAAAACAAUCUGGAUGAAUUAUACAGUCUAUUGAAUUUCAUGCAACCUGAAGUGUUUUGUAAUGAAAAGGCAUUCUUUGCUGAAUAUGGUAAUCUACAGACAGCUACAGAAGUAGAGAAACUUCAAGCAUUGUUAAAACCCAUCAUGUUGAGAAGAUUUAAAGAAGAUGUUGAAAAAAGUAUUCCAGUCAAAGAAGAAACAGUGAUUGAAGUCGAAUUAACAAACCCUCAAAAGAAAUGGUAUCGAGCUAUUCUUGAGAAGAACUUUAGUUUCUUAAAAAAGGGUGCCAAAAGUAACAAAGAAAUGCCUCAGUUGCGUAAUAUCAUGAUGCAACUCCGUAAAUGCUGUAUUCAUCCUUAUUUGUUGGAUGGUGCAGAAGAAGUGAUUGUGAAUGAAACUGGAGCCAAGACACUUCAAGAUCAAUUCAAAUGCCUGAUUGGUUCUUCUGGUAAACUUGUCUUGAUUGAUAAACUACUUCGUAAACUGUUUGAAGGAAACCAUAAAGUGUUAAUCUUUUCUCAAUUCACAAGUUGUCUGGAUAUUUUGUCUGAUUAUCUUCGGGGCCGUCAAUAUCCUCAUGAACGUAUUGAUGGAAGUGUCCCUGGUGAACAGAGACAAGUUGCCAUUGAUAGAUUCUCUACUAUGCCAAUUGACCAAUCGUUUGUGUUCUUAUUAUGUACAAGAGCAGGUGGUGUGGGUAUCAAUUUAACUGCUGCAGACACUUGUAUCAUUUUCGACAGUGAUUGGAACCCACAAAACGAUUUACAGGCUCAAGCCAGAUGUCAUCGUAUUGGCCAAACAAAACCAGUUCAAGUCUAUCGUCUGAUUUGUCGCAACACAUACGAAAAAGACAUGUUUGAUCGUGCAGGUAUGAAACUCGGUCUGGACAAGGCAGUCAUGCAACGCAUGAACUCAAACACAGCUCAGCCAUCUUCAAAAGAUACCCUACCUUUCUCUAAAAACGAACUUGAACGCAAAGAAAUCGAAGACCUGUUAAAAAAGGGUGCUUAUGGUGCCAUCAUGGACGAUGAAGAAAGUACACAGUUCUGUGAAGAAGACAUUGAUCAAAUCCUGGAAAGACGCACGACCGUCAUUCGACAUGAAGGCAACGAGAAAGGAUCGAUUUUCUCCAAGGCCACUUUUUCUUCUUCGACAGGACAACAGAAAGUAGAAUUGGACGAUCCUGAUUUUUGGGAGAAAUGGGCUACACAGGCACAUUUGGAUCUGAAUGACUUCCAAGAUGAAAAUGAAUUGAUUGUGUAUGAGCCACGUCGUCGACGACAAGUGCAACGGUUUGGUACACGUACAGCAGAUGGCUCUUGGUCAGAUCAAGAGAAUGCAGAUGAUUCUGACGCUUAUGAAGACGAAUCUGAGCGAUCCCGAAAGCGAGACAUGCCUCGUCCUUGGACACUUUCUGAAAAGACAAAAUACGAGCGCAAACUGAUGAUUUAUGGCUAUGGGCCAUGGCAUCAAAUGCAGGCCCAUUUCCCCCGUCGAUCAGAACAAGACCUAAAGGCUGUCACUCGAUGCUUAAUGCGUAAAAUCAAACAAGGCAUGGAAGCCAACACAGAAGAAGAUCGCAAGUUGUUGCAAGAUAUCGAUUUUAUUCUUGAUCAGGACGCUCAGCAGGACAGUCCUGAUGAACAAGUGCCUUACCUCGGUGCUUCUCGAAAACAAAUCACGGAAUUCAAGUCGUUCUUGAUUCAGGCACCUGCUGAUUACAUCGAGCAUAUUGAACGUAAAGGCCGAAACUUUUUGCUUCGUAUUCAAAUGUUGCAUAUGGUACGUGAUCGUAUUGUGCCCAAGGACUGGCAGGAAGCCAAACAACUCGCGAUGCCUAAAGUCACAGGUUCUUUGCCUUGUGAUUGGUGGGGUGAAGCAGAAGAUCGUGAUCUCUUGCUUGGGAUCUGUAAGCACGGUUACCAACAAUACUUGACGAUGCGCAAAGACAAGGAGUUCUGUUUCUUUGGUAAAAAAUUUGACGACAGUAAAGCAGGCACACUUCAAGAAGACGACGAUGAACCUGAGAAGCAGCAAGAAGAUCCUUCGGAUGUUGCAAGUACAGAUGAUGCAACUGUCUAUGUCUGGCCAUCCAAAGCAGAUAUCGGUAUGCGUCUACGUCGCAUCAUUGCUGCUUUUUUACGUGAGCAAGGGAUCGAGAACAAAAAGAAACGAGCUGUGGCUGGUCAGACAGAGAACCGACCUACUCGUCAACGUACCCGUGCAUCGGAUUCGGGUCAUCGUUGGCAAAAAAAGAACCGUAGUGAUUUCAUGAAGACCAUCUUAUCGUUUGGCGUAGAGACCGUGUCUGGCGAUCCAAAUAUUCGCUGGGAUCGAUUUAGAGAGAUCUCGGGCUUAGACAAACGUUCAGAUGCUUCUUUAGAUCAAUACUAUUAUAAAUUCUUGGCUGCUUGUAAAGAAAUCAUGAAGAAGCAAGAACAAAAGCAAGACCAAGAUGAAAAGAGCCGUGAGUCAAGUGAAGAGCCAACAACGGUAACAGAAGAUGAAUUAGCAUUGGUCAAUAUCAUUCCAUACGAUAAAGCAAGACGUGCAUUGAAGCGCAUUGAACAGAUGAAAAUGAUUCGUGAGCAUGUCAUGGUCGAUCCUGAUUUUGAUCAUGCUAUAGCCAAAGCCAGAAAGACAUCGGGCUUGCCACCUUGGUGGCAAGUACCUUUGCAUGAUAAAGCAUUAUUACAGGGCAUUUGCAAGCAUGGUAUUGGUCGACAUGAUUUGAUGAUUACAGACACAGAACUACCAUUUCAUCAGAUUGCAAAGGACAUGAUAGACGCACAGGAUCCAGACCUGGAAUCCACUACUAUCAUGUUGACUCGCAUUGCUUGGCCCAAGGAGCUUGUGAUUGCCAGACGCAUCAAUGCCUUAUGCUCCUUAAUCCUUCGACCCAAGCCAGAAAAGCGUGCCAGAAACCAAAAACCUAAACCCUCAGAGACGAAUCAUUCGAUGGCCUCGAGCAGUACGGCUGUACCUCGUUCCAACAUGGGCGGCAAGACGAUUUUACCUUUCCUUUCUUCCAUGACAGCCAGUGCUUCAUCCUAUCACCCUUAUGCCAGUGAUGAUAAUUCCGAGAGUGAAGAUGAGAUGGAUCGACAGAAACGAGCUCGAUAUGAAUUAUACCAGCAACCUCAACAGCGAGUUCCUACUAAACCCUUGAAAUCGCAAGGAUUUAGAUACCCACCACCCCAAUAUAUGCAGUCUAGUACAAGUGCUGUUCAUACCUUUGCAACAUCCUCAGAAAAGAGUUCAUCUUCUACUAUGGAUGAUGAAGAGAUGGAAGAAGGUGAAAUUACAGACUCUGAAGAUAGUAUGGACAAAUUAUCCUUUGCAUUUUAAAUAACAAUAACAAUAACAAUAACAAGCCUUUUUUCUU